AUGAUAAGAUGUCUGUGGCUCAAAUCACGCAGCAUCUCUCCCAGUGUCAGGUUCUCCAGUUCCUCCGAGGUUUUUCAUAUAUCUCGGGACUUUCGUCAUAAAACCAACUCUGAUUUCAUUUCCUAACCAAAAAGAACCUUGUCUUCCGUUCAGAAUGUCGGAGUCAACCGCAUCCGGAACAUCGGAAUCGUCGCCCACGUUGACGCGGGCAAAACGACAGUCACCGAACAAUUGCUCUACCUGACAGGCACGACGAAAUCUGUCGGCGAAGUCGAUUCUGGCAGCACUGUGACUGAUUUCCUCGACAUGGAGCGAGAGCGGGGUCCGAAUCAUAGUCAAAUUAACUUUUUUUAAAAUUUAUAUCAAAACCUACUUGCCUUCGGAAUCACUGGAUGACUAUUUGAAAAAAAAUAAAUUCAUUAUUGACAAGUUUCACAUAUUUAAACUUGGUAAGAAGAGCUGAACUUCGGAAAAAGUCUCAUUCAGGAAUCACGAUCCAAUCGGCGGCAGUGACCUUCAACUGGAUGCAGCACCGCAUCAACCUCAUAGAUACUCCCGGCCACGUCGAUUUCACAGGUUCCAGCAGGAGAAUCUGAGAUCCGAAGAACGUAUUGUAGUUUAGUGGAGGUGGAACGUUGUCUGCGAGUCCUCGACGGCAUCGUCACAGUUUUGGACGGAUCCGCCGGUGUUCAGGUGACGCGGUAGGGAUUUUGGAGGGGAAGAAACUCUUCAGGCACAAACUUUGACGGUCUGGAAGCAGGCCCAGCGCUUCGGCCUUCCUGCAAUUUUUUUCGUCAACAAACUCGAUAAGAAAGGCGCCGAUUUCAAAAAAACCGUUGACGAUGUCAAGCAGAAACUCGGCGUCGAAGGUUGGUAUUGAAAAGUUCUAGAAGCAGCCAAGAUUUGAUUUCAUUAAAGUUAAAAACUAUAAUUCCGUAUAUAUAUAGAUUUAUAUAUAUCUGAGUGUUUCAAGUUUUUUAAUUUCUUGAAAUUUAAAUGUGGCCGAUUCACAGCAAGAUCGCUAUCAUUAUUGAGUUCAGCCCUGUGUACGGUUAUCCCGAAGGCCGAUUUCUCUGGAAUUAUCGAUCUGAUCAGCGGAUCUCAACUCUCUUUCAAUGCUGGCCGCAAUGCAGAGUGGCAAGAAAUCAAGGCUUCACGGGUGUUAGGAGAUCCUUUAAAGACGUUUUCUGCAGGAGAAAACUCACGACUUCGACCAGCUUCUAGCCCAGCGCAGCGAUCUCUGUCUGGAGGUCGCCGGCCAACAUGAAGGCUUCAUGGAACAUUUCCUGGAGGAGUGCUCCGGCCAAGUCGAUCGCGUCGAUUCUUCCGCUCUGCUCCGAGGCUGGUUUUAUUGUCAAAUCUAAGAUCAAACAGUUGAUCAUCCAACUUUUAUUUUCCAUUUUUCCUUUCCGAAAGAAGCCUUGUGGAGCGAGAAAUCUGUGUUCUACUAAAAAUAGAGAAAAGCAUGAUCUUUAUGCGUAAUAAGUGUAUUUUUUCCGCUGUUUUCCGGUUAAGAAUUCUGUUUGAGUGUCGCUAUUUCAGCCGCAAUCUACGAAACGACUUUUCCAGAAUUACUCUGUAAACGUGAUUUGACUCGAAACCUUUAUUUUUUCUCAUUUUCUUGAAAUCAAGGCUCCAGUUCUGAGCGACGAGUUCAGCGAUCAGGGAAGUGACCCUCGGAGGGAAGGCAGCGACGGUGACGUGCGGCAGUGUCCUCAAGUCUACUAGCUGCGCCAGGCCGAUCCUCGAUCACGUCGUCAAUUUUUUGCCAGCUCCGAACGAAAGGAGCGCCCAACUCGGCCAUCUGUUUGGAGACGAGCUCGCCGGCUUCGUUUUCAAAGUACUCAGGGCGUUGUUUGGAUUCGAUAGGAAUCUGUUUAGGUGACUCACGACAAACGUCGAGGACACCUUUGUUACGUCAGAGUCUACAAUGGAACUUUGAAGAACAAUUCCAGCGUUUUCAACUCGAAUCAAUUUCGCAUGGAGGGACCUCUGAAGGUUUUUUUGGAGUAGACUCACGGAAGCGGAACGUGUUAGGAGAAGUUCGAAAAUUCCUGUUCUUAAAUCGAUUCAACAAGAAAGAAUUCGAUUUCACUUUUUGAAAAGCUUUAAAAUUCGGUCAAAAUUCUUUGUGAUGUGCUUUGAUUAUUAUCCUGACGGUCACAAUCUUCACUACUAACUGUUUUUCUUGAAACGGAACGGAACGCCUUGAAGUUAUAGUACAUCCCACAUGGUUCAAGAAAGUGUAUUUUGGGAAACAGUAACUUCUUCAUGCAUAUUUGCGCAUCAAACAGUCGUUUUUCAAGGUAUUUGUUCCUUAUGCGGAUGAGCUGCGUCAGGCGAAAGAAGUUGGGGCUGGGAACAUAGCGGUUGUCGCAGGACUGUCGCACUCGGUCACUGGAGAUUCUCUCCUGGCAAAGUGAACAUCUUUCAAAAAUUCCAAAACUCGACUUUUCAGCCAGGCUGUCGCUACUUCUGUGAACGAAAAACUGCACACCGAACUGAAACAGAGCCACGAAGGACCGGAUAAUCACAGAAAAUCUGCUCAUGACGUGGUCAGUCGCUUCUAUUUGUAAGAUGGUCUCAGUUUUUCUUCAUAAGUCCCGAAAUGUGUUUUCAGUACCCCAACGAUUCUACUGGUUCCUCUAAGAAUAGAAGUGACUCGAAAAAGGCCGCUAUAGGAUUGCAGCCGAGAGAAGACGGCGAAGGGAAAACUGUCGUUUUUUCUGGUUCGUCUUUCAUUCAUCCAUUUUUGAACUUUUGUGAAAAUUUAAGGAAUCGAAAUACCCGACUCUGUUUACUUUUGUUGCGUCGAACCGCCGUCGACGAAGAGCUUACACGAGUUUGAAAGCGCUUUGGAAGAAAUUGCUAAAGAAGUAAGUCAUAUUUCAAAAUUGAUGAAAAUUUUCUGUAAGACAGGGCCAAAAGAUAUGCAUGA